AUGGCCGACAUGGACGUUGACACACCUACUGCAGCUGCUUCAACCUCUGCCGGAAAGAAGCGCAAGCAAGACGGACCCAAAUUUGAAGUCAAAAAGUGGAAUGCUGUUACACUCUGGGCUUGGGAUAUUGUCGUAGACAACUGUGCUAUUUGCAGGAACCACAUCAUGGAUCUUUGCAUCGAUUGUCAGGCGAACCAGGUCUCUGCCACAAGCGACGAGUGCACCGCAGCUUGGGGAAUUUGCAACCACGCAUUCCACUUUCACUGCAUUUCACGAUGGCUAAAGACCAGAAACGUCUGCCCUCUUGAUAACCGUGAAUGGGAGCUGCAAAAGUACGCAAACUCUGGCAUGUGCCAUACGGGCGAUAGAAGGGCAUUCUCAACGGACCCAUCUUCCUACUUGCUUCACGGUCUAGACGCGAUUCUGAAUUGUCAGACAUAUGUCCAACGGUGGUUCAUCAACUUGAACCUUACCAUUACCAUGGACAAUCCGUCCAAAGCCGAGAUCGUCACGAGGAAAUCCUUUGAGAAUAGUAUUCCUUCCUCUGAUUGGCUCGCCAUACUUCGCGUUUGCUUUCAAGAAUUGUCCAGCACAGAGAUCAACGAGUCCAUAAGCGCGGUACUCAACCUUUUGCUCAACCUACUGGCUUCAUGGCCUGCCAACGAGGCCAUCGUCGAUUAUCUCGCCACGCUUGUUCGAGGACAUCUUCUCCCUCUUCAUACUUAUUUCACCGGCUUCCUACGGUUUACCCGUACUACUGAGAUUGUAGAUCCUCGCACAGUAGACAUGCUUUGCCAGCUAGGAGUCCGUUUGAGCGCCGAGAUGCCAUUCGAGCCAGUCAUCUCGAUAACGGAGACGACCCAAAUCGCGUCUGUGACGCUGAUGGAUGCAUUUACGCUCGUCAGAGGCGCGCUCAAUAUUCCCUAUUCACCCCUCCAUGACCUUCAUACUUCAGCAUCAGAGACCUUUGUUUGGUCAGUUUUAGUACAUGAUACGCUGCAGUUCUUGACCAUUAGCCACGAUGUCAUGCAGCACCCAGGUCUCAGGCCUGACCUCGUGUCAUCGCUCGAGGGACUGAUCAGGCUAUUGGGAGAUAUUCUUGCAGUAUCUAACGCGUUACCUUCAACGCAUACGGAACUGCUUGCUUUGACGGCACAGCCAACCCAAGAAAUCAACUCCGAGGAAUCUGAUAUCAUCACCUUUAGUCUCUUUAUCAAAAACAUUGUAGACUAUGCUGCUCAUCCUUAUGGGUGCGGAAACCUCGAGACGACAGUUUCGACGCUGGUUGGCCUUCAUAAAUGGAGCAAUCUUGCCAUUUCCCAGUUUUGUGCAGAACUUAUUCGAGCCGCCUUUGCGCAUUACUCUGAAGCCUACCAAUCCAGACGCUCUUAUCCCAACAAUACCAGCAUCUGGUCUUCUUUUCUCUAUGCAAGAUUGCCAGCUCUUCUUCAAGCACUCUUGGCCAGGAUAGGAGCGCAGCCAUAUCCCAUAAUGGAAAGUGCCAUGGGCGUAGCAUUUGAAAAGCUGCCGCAACAGCCCAAUUACUCUCUCCCUUUCACGGGUAUGGAAAUCGACGAUGCGAGUCCGGAGCUAUCACCCGACUCUUUCCGAGUCGAGUUUUUGAAUUCACUCUUCCAAAUGAACCUCAUCACCGCUUCAGCGGCAAAAUCCCUUUGCGAAGCAUGGAAAGAAGAAGUUGAGACUGAGUCUCAGCUGCUUAGAGAGAUGAACGAUAUGAAGUCUCUGGAGAGCUUCGUAGACUUUUUCAUUGAUCCUUCUACCUCGGAGAGAGUGCAAGAGAUUCUAAACCUUUUCGUCAAGGACUAUCGGCAGCAGGAAGCCUUUGCCAUAUACUUCUUUGAAAAAGUUACAACUGAGUGUGACCAGCUUAAUUUGGAAGCAGUUUCGCCGAUCUGUAAACUACUCUCAUCGCGGCCUCUCGUCAUGGAUACACUCGCUCUGCACAUAUCUAUCACACAGUUAGUCAAAAGGAUCCUCUAUCUUGUUGACCAUCUGGAUUGGGAGGGCAUGGAUGAUCCCCAGAGUUCAAUGACAUCUUUGGGACCUAUCAUUCUGUUUCUGCAGGCAACCAUUGGUCGCCUCAAUUUCAGCUCGCAUUCUCUUCGUAAAGACGAUGAAGGCCUAUCUGCCGAUUAUCUUAUGAGGGCUGGAAGCACGGAUACGCACUCAGAUCUCACGUCUGAGGAGAAAGUUGCGUACACUGAUUGGCACAAGGCACUAUUCGAUGCAAAUUCGGACGGAAUUGAGGAUUCCCUGGUUCGAUCGAGAAACCCAAAGAUUCUCCUUAAACUACUUCCGGUACUCGUAUCUGAUGCUAUUGCUGCCUGCGGACGACCAGGUGCAGGAUCAAACGAACUAGCGGCCUUGAACAAUGGGAUCAAUUAUCUGCAAGAAUCCAUACUUAGUUGGACCCUUGUUGGUGUUAUCAAGUGUGUCGCCCUUCAGAUGGAACGCGCUCCAUCUUCCGUGCACGCGGAAGUCUUGUCUCAGCUCUUAAAGAGUGCACCGGCCAACUUGACAAAGAUGCUCUAUCGAACACUCGGCCGUUUGACGCUGUCGGCAAUGGAUCCCGAGGCACCCAAGUUCUUGGUGGAUUUUGCUACGAUACUGAAUGGAAUGAUCAAACCCACGACGGAGCAAUCCUCAAUAUCGUCUUAUUCACCUGUGCUUACCCCAGCUCAACUCAUACGCACGACAUUCCUCUCCCUACGUUCGACAAAGGCUGUGGCACUAGAUGUUCCUUUGUGCCUGCGAAUGAGCAAUCCUCUAGACUUAGUCGCGAACCUUCAUCGAGAGCUCUAUCCGGGGAGUCAAUUCGGAGAUCCAGAAAGCUGCCGUCGAGUUACAGUGCAUGCACUGUGCUGCACCUCUCAAAAAGGACCCGACCAACCGUGGCUUCUGCCAGUUUUCUUCUUCUCUUAUAUCCCAUCGAUAUUGCACCAUUCCCCCUCUCAAGAUACACUUCAUAUAGAAGCACUCUCUGGUGUUAUCACUGCAUCGCUCCGACUCAGCCUUGCCUUGGAAAAGGCCGCUGGAUUACCCUCCCCAGAGCCAUCACUCCUUCUUUCUCAACGGUUUGCCGUCCUACUCAAGAGAUUAGGUGGAAAGGAUGAAACGAGCCCUGCGUGUUCAUUGAGAAAAGCGUUACAUGCCUCUCAGGCUUUCUCCUCACAGUUUCCUUAUUUCUCCUAG